AUGGCAAGAACUCUCAUCCUCUUCGGCGCCGGCCCAGGCAUCGGCAACAACGUAGCCUUGGCCUUUGCCGCCUCAGGCAUCACCCACAUCAUCCUCCUCUCGCGCAAUACACAGCGCCUCGAAACCAGCGACGCACCCUUGCUCCGCACCUCGUACCCCUCGCUCAAAAUCUCCACUCUGCACUGCGAUCUCGCCGACCUCGCCGCGCUCCCCUCGGUCCUGGAAUCUCUCUCCCGCUUGACGUCCGCCGCAGACGUCGAAGUCGUCUUCUUCAACGCCGCACGCAUCAAGCCGACGCAAGACGUGUUUGGUGUCUCGGUCGAGGAGAUGGAGGAGGAUUUCAAGACUACGAAUUUGGCGCUGUUUUUGGUUGCGAGGCAUUAUCUUCCUGUUUUGACGGAUAAUGCUGUUGCUGCUGCGGCCGCGAAGGAGAAGGGUGAAGGGUCAGAGCGGAGACCGGCGCUGCUGGUUACCAAUUCUGCGUUGCCGUGGGAUCCGGUGCCGCAGCUUCUGUCGCUGUCGUUGGUGAAAGCCGCACAGAAGAAUAUGGUGGAGAGUUUUGCGCGGGCGUGGGAGGGCAAGGGUGUGCACAUUGGGCUGGUGUUUGUUGAAGGUACUGUUGCGCCGGAGAACAAGGUGUUGAACCCCAAGACUAUUGCGGAGAGAACUGUGGCGUUUUGGAAGGAAGGUAAAGGACUGGGAAUCAAUAUCAAAGAGGAAUAA